CGCGAACGUCAGUAGCUCUCUUCUAGUGUGCGUCACAUCGUUGCGUCUCCUGUAAGCCGAAGUUACUCUGAAGCCAGAAACGCCACUUUACUGAAAUAAAGGUCUACACGAGUCUUAAAAGAGGAUUCAAGAACAAGGAUAAUAUUUUAACCAUAAUGCCAAAAAUGGUUUCAACCGGGGAUUCAAAAGAUGCGUCAAAGACAUCACAGAGCAAUGGACAUUACACAUUACAGAUAUUUCAUUGUUUAACGACCCUCGUAUGCUUUAUGUUGUCGGCGUCUUCGGUGGCAGUUUGUCUGCUUAUGAACGUCAAAACAUCUUAUCUUGAGCGUAAAAUUGAGGUUCUAGAGAUGGAGCGACUGUCUGUGAUUCAACCUGUGCACACGACACUGGAUGCGCACGCGACUUUUCGGGAUGCGAUAGAGAAACUUGUGCAAGAGAGACUAAAAGAGGGAGUGUCGAAAAUUCGCACCGCUCGAGAAGCAGCGCAAGAGUGCUCGUGUCCUCCAGGUCCUCCAGGAAAACGUGGAAGAAAAGGCAACCCUGGAAUUCCAGGCCCUCCAGGACGAGAUGGCUACCCGGGUCCAAUGGGUAUGGAUGGUAAGCCUGGACCUCCAGGUCCAAACGGCAGUCAGGGAAUGCCGGGACCAAAAGGAGAUAAGGGUGACCAGGGAGACAUGGGUCCCAGGGGACCACCGGCCUACGCUACCUCUGCAGGCCUGCUCAGUAAUCAGAUUCUCACGGUUAAGGGUGAUCAAGGUCAGGCUGGGCCCCCAGGACCUCCAGGAACACCUGGUCCCAGAGGGCCUCCAGGAAACACAGGCAGAGAUGGGCCGCAGAGCCACCCAGGAGAGCCGGGUCCUCCUGGAAAAGAUGGAUAUGAGGGACCAAGAGGGCCACCUGGCAUAGAGGGUAUGAAUGGUGUCAAUGGCAUGCCUGGCCCACAGGGCCCUGUAGGGGACAAGGGGGAUAAGGGUGCACCAGGUACUGAAGGGAAGAGAGGGACUGAUGGAUCCCCUGGCAUGAAGGGUGAAAAGGGGGAUGGUGGAGAUCCAGGACCCCAGGGAGAGAAAGGAGCUACUGGCUUCAUAGAAAAUGCUGAUCUGGAUGUUAGACUCAAAGCUCUACAGGGGCCUCCAGGACCUCCAGGAGAGCAAGGGCCAAAAGGAGAAAUGGGCUUAGCUGGGGCACCAGGACCUGAAGGAAAGCAGGGCCAUAAGGGAGAGAGAGGUGAUGCAGGAGAGCCUGGAGCAACAGGAGCAAAAGGGGAAAAGGGGGAAAUUGGACUGAUAGGGCCUUCAGGUGAAGCAGGGCAAAAGGGAGAUAAAGGAGACUCUAGGCUUGAGGACAAUCUGGCCCAGAUUAUCCCUUUGCCUGGCCCGCCAGGGCCACCUGGACCUGCCGGAUAUCAUGGAUUGCCUGGACCCAAGGGAGAGCCUGGUGAGGCAGUUAAAGGAGAAAAGGGCGAUGCUGGAGAGAAAGGUCCACCUGGGCAACGGGGUCUUCAAGGCUUUCCAGGGUCUAAUGGCUUGGUAGGCCUGCCAGGUGCAAAAGGUGAAAAGGGGAAACAAGGUGAACCAGGUUUAGAUGGUUUCCCAGGGCUUCAAGGAGAAAAGGGGGACAGAGGAGACAAGGGGGAGAAGGGUGACAGAGGUUCAAUAGGAAAAAAAGGUCUGAAAGGACAGAAGGGAGAGCAGGGACCUCCAGGGCUUGAUCAGCCUUGUCCUGUGGGGCGUGAUGGGCUGCCCAUACCAGGAUGCUGGCAUAAGUAAUGACUAACCUGGAGCAUGGAGUUUGUACAUAUUGAUAUAUAUUUUGCAAGUAACAUUUGCUUUUUCUCCCAAUUUUUUUUGUAAUUUCUUAUUUAAUAAAUUGGGUUUUCAUAUGGGAGCCCCUGCAAAAUAAUGUCUGUAUCGCUGCAUUAACAAAGAGAGGCUCUCCACUGCCACAAUAACAAGUGUAGAAAAGCAAUGAAGCAAGCAUCAUAGGUGCUGAGACUGUACUGAUAUUGAGAAGA